AUGAAGAUGUGGUGUGGGAAUGGGCCUCUGGCCAUGGUGGCUGCCUUGUUUUGGAUUCAGUGUGUCCUUCUGCAUGAGGUGGAUGCCAGGAAGGAGAGAAAGAGGCCGAAGGAGGCUGCGCCGCAACACACAGAGACGUACAAUACAACUCUGUCCAACAGCGAGGAGGUUGGUGGAAGCAUCAAGCAAAUUUCUGAACAUCAGAGGGUGGAUCCUCUGGGAUCAUGGAUGGAUUUUGUCAAAAGGCCCGUUGGAAACUUUCCCGCAAAGUGUCGCAAACGCAAGCGGCCCCUGCCAGGCCCAUCUGGUCCCCCCGGUCCCCCAGGCCCACAAGGACCUCCUGGUUCUCCUGGAGCUGAAGUGACACAGGAAGUUCUUCUACAGGAGUUCAAAGAAAUGAUUAAAGAGGCCACAGAGAGAAGAUCAGCUGAACUCGACAGUCAGGCCAGUCCCAGUCAGACCGAUCCCAGUCAGCUUCCCACAGCUGUCCUCAGCCUGGAUGGAAGGACCUCCUGCCGCCGAAUAGAAGUAGCUUUCCACUGCAAGCUCAAGGGACCAGUGGCGGUGGACAAGAAGACUCUGGUGGAGCUCCAGAACUUCCAGACCCCACCUGCUAAAGGAGCGUUCCACAGAGGGACAGGAAUGGACCAGACCACCGGCAGGUUCACUGCCCACAUCACAGGGAUCUACCAGUUCUCUGCUAACGUCCACAUUGAUCACAGUGAGGUGAAGAGGAGUAAGAGUCAGCUGAAGGCCAGAGACAACGUCCGUGUGCUGAUCUGCAUCGAAUCACUCUGUCACAGAUACACUUCACUGGAGAUGAUUGUUGGAUUGGAAAGCAACAGCAAGAUAUUUACUGUCAGUGUGCACGGACUGCUGGAGCUACAGGCUGGUCAAUACACCUCCAUAUAUGUGGAUAAUGCAGCUGGUGCCUCCAUUACAAUACAGAAUGGGUCAGACUUCAUGGGCAUUCUGCUUGGUGUAUAGCUUUUCACCCAAGAAGAGUAUAUUCCAAGCUGUGACUUCCAACUUUUUGUAAAUCAGCUGCCUCUGAAAACAUUAAUACGUGCAAACCACAAGGGACUUUUGAAGGAAGAAAG